UUCCGGCGCCGCUGUGAAGAGCUUUGCAUUGUGGGAACUCCUUCCUUUCUCGCUCCCCGGCCAUCUUGGCGGGUGGUUUUGGUUGGGGGCCGUCGCGCACCGAAGGCAGGAGGAUGGUGGCCGCAAAGAAGACGAAAAAGUCGUUGGAGUCGAUCAACUCAAGGCUCCAACUCGUUAUGAAAAGUGGAAAGUAUGUGCUGGGGUACAAGCAGACUCUGAAGAUGAUCAGACAAGGCAAAGCGAAAUUGGUUAUCCUCGCCAACAACUGCCCAGCUUUGAGGAAAUCUGAAAUAGAGUACUAUGCCAUGUUAGCCAAAACUGGUGUCCAUCACUACAGUGGCAAUAAUAUUGAAUUGGGCACAGCAUGUGGAAAAUAUUACAGAGUAUGCACACUGGCUAUCAUUGAUCCAGGUGACUCUGAUAUCAUUAGAAGCAUGCCGGAACAGACUGGUGAAAAGUAAAUUGUGCAAAUUUUUUCUUUAAUAAAACUUGACAGUGCCUGUGAUA